AUGGGAGACGUCUUUUUCAAACAAGAAAACUACCAAGAAGCAGAAGAAAUGCUUGGAAAAGCUUUAAAGAUCCAUCUGGACUCUAAGUCUACUGAUCAUGCUUUCAUAGCAAAGGUAUACCAUCUUUUGGGCGUGGCCUCACAAGUCCAACAGAAGCUUGCGGAAGCGAUUAAAAUGUUCAAAAAAUCUCUUGCUCUGAAGCUGGAAGCAUUUGGUGAAGUUCACCAUGAAGUGGCGUCGUCGUACCUCGAAAUUGGUGGUCUUUUGCAAGAGAAAAAACGAUUGGAGGAGGCUGAGGUGAUGAUUCAGAAAGCUUUGGAAAUAGAAAGUCAUCUGGAACGUGGCCCCCAAGUUGAUCUUAAAGGACGAGCUCUGAACUAUUUCGGAGCACUUGAAAUGGAUCGGGGCAACUGCGACAAGGCCAUGGAAAUGUACCAGAAAAUGCUAGAAUCGCCGCUUCAAGAUGGUGGCGAAAGGCUUCUGUGUACAGCAACGGCUUACUAUCAUAUUUCAAUGGUACACCUUCGCUAA